GGAGAGCACAUUAAAGUUUGAAAUCAAAUUGGUGUAUGAUUUAGUAUAUUAACCCAAAAAUUAAAGACUUGUAUAAUUGGAGAAUUGCUAGAUAUAGUUUCCCAUCUGCCACCAUUUUUACACAAUAUAUCCUAAUUUUAGUCACACUUUCCUUCCAUUAUUUGUCCUAUAGAAUCUCAGAAACGUAGUUAUAUAUAAACAUCACUACUUUCUUCUCUUAGUUAUUUUCAUUUAUUUAAUUUUCUUUUCUCUGUUGCUUUGGCUUGAAAAGAAAAAAUGGGAAGAGGGAAGAUUGAAAUAAAGAAGAUUGAGAAUUUGAAUAGUAGGCAAGUAACGUUUUCAAAGCGAAGAAAUGGGUUGUUGAAGAAAGCUAGAGAGUUGUCCAUCUUAUGCGAUGCAGAGGUUAGUGUCAUUAUUUUCUCUACCACCGGCAAACUUUACCAGUGGUCUAGCACCAGCAUGGAAGACACUCUUUUAAAAUACAACAGAGGGAAGAUAGUGGAACAACAUCCUUUUGAUGAACAAAAAGCAGAGCAAAACUCACAAUCAAUUGACGUAAGCACUCUAAAAGAGGAGUAUUUAAAGUUACGUGCGGCAUACAUGCGAUUGAAUGGAAAGGAGCUGGAGGGUCUAAGUUUCAAAGAAGUACAACAACUGGAGCAUCAAUUAAAUGAAGGAAUAUUAUCAAUUAAAGAACAUAAGGAGCAAAUUCUACUAGAGCAGCUUAAAAGAUGUAGACUACAGGAGCAGAAAGCUAUUCUUGAGAACCAGAGUCUACGUAAACAGGUUGAGGAGCUGCAGCAAAAAACAAGCUCUAAUUCACUUGAUUUCAAUCCGCUGCAAACAAAAAUUUCUUCCAAUACUUCAAAGCCAGAUUUUCAUUUUGACCACCACUAUCAUCAUCAUUCAGACACUUCCUUGCACCUGGACUUGGGGUUGUCAUCAGAUGGUGAACGCAAGAGAAAAUUGAAAAAAAUUGAAGCAGAUAAUAAUGAUUUAGAGAGUCAAAUAGCCUAGAAUGAUUUUACCUACAUUUAUAAAAAAAAAAAAAAAAAAGACCCUAUUUCUUCGAACUCUUAAACAUCUCCUUAGGCAAUUAGAUUUCUUUUUGGGUUCUCUCAUCCUACAAUUUGCAGAUUGAUUAGUGCUCUAGGCUGUGGUGUCAGCAAGUAAACCACUAUUUUUAAGUAGUCUCAUGUUUCAAAACUCAACUUGCUGAUUCAAAAUGCAAUCAACUUCUCUAUCGGGUUAAGUGAGUGUUGAAUACAGAUAAAUUUUGUUUAUUUA